AACGUAAAGUCGGCCAGAGACGCACUGACCUGCACGUCACGCGGAGUAUCUAGCUGAAGAGAAUCACAUUUCAAAAGGAGCCACCAUGGUUCUGGAGGAGAAUGAUGACUCUGUCUUUGAGCCCCAAAUCACUGAGGAGCUUGUGGAGACUCAGUACGGGGACGUCCACUGCAUCAUGACAGGAACUCCGAGAGCAAACCGGCCCGUCAUCCUCACCUUUCACGAUGUUGGACUGAACCACAAAUCCUGCUUUGAGACUCUGUUCAACCACGAAGACAUGCAGGAAAUAGUUCGCCAUUUACCCGUUUGUCACGUCGAAGCUCCUGGACAACACGAGGAAGCCAAAACUCUGCCCACUGCGUACACCUACCCCACCAUGGACCAGCUCUCUGAAGUUCUUCCUGCCGUCCUCAAUUACUUUGACAUUAACAGUGUGAUCGCUGUGGGAGUUGGAGCAGGAGCUUACAUCCUGGCCAGAUUUGCUCUCAAUUACCCUGAUUUAGUGGAUGGGUUGGUUCUGAUCAACAUUAACCCCAAUGCCGAGAGCCUGAUGGACACUGUUGCAAACAAGAUCACUGAUUGGACCCUCACUCUCCCAGACAAAGUCAUCACACACUUGUUUGGAAAGGAUGAGAUCCUGACGAAUCAAGACCUCGUGGCUACGUACCGUCACUACUUCACAACGACGAUGAACCAGUCCAACGUGAGCCAGUUCCUACGUUCCUACAACAACCGCAACGCCCUGGAGGUAGAGAGGCCCGUUGCCGGAGGGAACGUCAACGUCAGGACCCUCAUGUGCCCAUCCCUGUUGGUUGUCGGGGAUAAUUCUCCAGCUGUGGAAGCUGUGGUCGACUGCAACUCUAAACUGAACCCGACUAAGACCACGCUGCUCAAGAUGGCAGACUGUGGAGGACUUCCUCAAGUGGAUCAGCCGGCAAAAGUGAUUGAAGCCCUAAAAUAUUUCAUCCAGGGAAUGGGAUACUUGUCCAGCGCCAGCAUGACCAGGCUUCGCUCACGGACAACAUCCAGCUCCAGCAACGUCUCACUGGAUGGCUCUCGAGGCCGCGCACACACCAAUGAGCGUGCGCGAACACACUCGCAUGGCACUGAGGAGAGGCGCGGGCGCACACACACUGAUAUCUCCAUGGAGAGCAUUUCUACUGUGAGCCAGAACCUCUCAAACACUGCUGAAGUGGCAUGCUAGAAUACCAAUGCUGCUCAGAGACUUGCACUUAAAUCACUUCAAAUCUCAGUACACCGGCACUUUUACCUUUUGUUAGUUAUUUCCUAUUCUUACAGUAAUCCUGUCACUGUAUUCAUCUUUUUUAUCUCCCUAAAAAAACAAAAAUCUAAUAUUACUUGAACUUAUUUCAUUCUUUUCUUAUGCCUGUCUAAUCAUGACCUCUCAUCCCUGAACUGCCAGUUUGUAUCACCUGUAGACUUCAUUGUUUAUACAUGUUUCUAAUUAAAUAAAGUAGAGGAAGAUAUAA